AUGGUACUUCGGAUUGCAAGUCAGUAAGAACGCGGGAAUAAUUUUCUCCAGAUAUCAGAUCUUCUGGUCGAGAGUUCUUCAUUUUUUAGCCGGAGGACGUUUGCAAGUUCUUUCUGAGCUUACUAUUUUCUAAGGAAGUAUUUAUUCUACAGGCUUCAGGGGUAAAUUCUGCACGAAUCGAAAGUAUUUUCGCAGUUUAUACCGUGUUUUGAUCAUGUCACAUUGGUCUUCAACAUUUUGGGGUAGUACUGCGGGAUUAUUCGGCGAGGACGAUGAAGCAGACGUUGGUGAUCCCGAACAACAAACGCGCUGGGACAACAAAGACAGUCUUAUAUUGGUUUUUGACUGCUCAAAGGAAAUGCUUCAACAUUCCAGAGAUGGAAUCCCUUUCCAGCUGUGCGUAAAGUGUGCCAUUAGCGUCCUUAAACACAAGAUCAUCAGCAGUGACAAAGAUUUGAUAGGUGUGGUUUUCUAUGCAACUGAGAAAAGUAAAAAUCCAGGUGAUUUCAAGCAUGUUUAUAUAUAUCAGGAGCUGGAUCUCCCAGAUGCUCAGCGCAUACUUGACCUUGAAAAAUUCCUAGAAGAUGACACUUGUGAUAACUUUGGAGAAACAUUUGGACAUAGCAGUGGAUUUUCACUGAAUGAUGUUUUGUGGACGUGUGCCAAUAUGUUUUCCAAUAGUGGUCAAAAGAUAGGCCACAAACGAAUCAUGUUAUUUACCAACAAUGAGAAUCCACAUGCUGAGGAUCCUGCACUCCAAAGACGAGCCAAGACAAAAUCAAGAGACUUGAAUGAAGUUGGGAUAGCAAUUGAACUGAUGCAUAUCCAGCCUCCUGACCUUCCUUUUGAUUCAAGUCUGUUGUAUCAAGAUGUUAUACAAAUGGAUGAAGAUGAGGGAGGGAUUUUGCCAGAUCCUGCUGAGAAGUUUGAGGAACUACUAACCAGAGUACAAAAGAAAGAGCACAAGAAAAGACCAUUAGCAACUCUUCCAUUUAUGCUGGCUGAUGGAAUUGAGCUUGGAGUGUCUGUAUAUAAUCUUUGUAGACCUACAACAAAAUCCAGUUAUGUUAACCUGGACAGUCACACAAAUGAAGAAGUGAAAAUACACACCAAAUACAUUUGUGUGGAUACGGGCAGUGAUCUACUGCCAACAGAUAUAAAGCUUUAUCAGAUGUUUGGAGGUGAAAAAGUGAUCUUUGAGAAAGAGGAAGUUGCAGAAAUGAAAAGCUUUGGCAGCCCAGGUCUUCUGUUAAUGGGGUUCAAACCAAGGUCAUCAUUGAAGAAUUACUUUCACCUCAGACCAGCACAGUUUCUUUAUCCCAGUGAAAAGAUUAUUUCUGGGAGUACAACAUUGUUCUCUGCACUUCUUAACAGAAGUCUUGCCAGAGAUGUGAUACCAAUAUGCCGGUUUAUUCCAAGGAACAAUGCUGCUCCAAGAUUUGUAGCUCUGCUCCCUCAGAAAGAAGAACUUGAUGAGCAUAACAACCAAACUACUCCUCCUGGAUUUCAUCUAAUUUUUCUUCCAUUCACUGAUGACCUUAGGAAAUUGAAAUAUGAGGAAACUCCUAAAGCCACUACAGAACAAGUGAAUAAAGCUAAAGAAGUUAUCAAGAAGCUGACAUUGGGUUUUGAUUGCUCAAGUUUUGAGAAUCCUUCACUACAGAAACAUUACAAGAACCUGGAGGCUUUAGCUUUGGACAGAGAUGAACCUGAAGAGGUUACUGACUUAACAGAACCAAAGGUAGAAGCCAUUGAGCGCAAAGCUGGUGAAGCUAUAAGAGAGUUUAAGGACAUAGUUUUUCCUGAUGGCUACAAUCCAGAUGCUAAGCCUGCACCAAAGAGAAAGGCUGCAGAUUCAUCAGGAGGUGCUGCCAAAAAGAGUCGACCAGGGGAUGGGGUUGAAGUUGACAUGCGAGAAGAGGCACAGAGAGACAGGCUUUCCAAGCUCACUGUCCCAGUGCUUAAAGACUUUGUGAAAGCAGCUGGAAUCAAAUGUGGCUCCAAAAAGGCUGAUCUAAUUGAAGCUAUCAAAGAACAUUUUGGAGUUUGAUGUCAUUCACUUCCUAUGUACAGGUCAAUCUUGUUAUUUGGUGUCAAAAUAAUUACUUGACCAACUAAUAGUAAUUUAGAAUCUCGAAGGUGACUUCUUAGGAAAGAAAGAGAAAUCAUCCAUUUCUGACCACUUCUUAUUGAAAAAUAAACUUUUACUACUUGCAACAUAGUUUUUGUAAGAUGAUAGAUUUAUUCUUACAAGAUAAAUACUGAAUAUAAAAAAGCUCUGAAUACAAACUUUGCCAAUCUUCUUUA